CGCGGGGCCGGGCCGAGGCGCGCGCGGCCAUGGCGGUGCUGCUGGAGACCACAGUGGGCGACCUGGUCAUCGACCUGUACACGGAGGAGCGGCCCCGCGCUUGUCUGAAUUUCCUGAAGCUCUGCAAAGUCAAGUACUACAACUAUUGUCUUAUUUAUAAUGUACAAAGGGAUUUCAUUAUACAAACUGGUGACCCCAUGGGAACUGGCCGUGGAGGGGAAUCCAUAUUUUGCCAACUGUAUGGUGAUCAAGCCAGAUUUUUUGAGGCAGAAAAGGUGCCAAGAAUCAAGCACAAGAAAAAGGGAACUGUGUCAAUGGUGAACAAUGGCAGUGAUCAGCAUGGAUCACAGUUCCUCAUUACCACAGGGGAAAACCUGGAUUAUCUUGAUGGUGUACAUACAGUAUUUGGAGAAGUGACAGAAGGCAUGGAUGUAUUGAAGACAAUCAAUGAAACCUUUGUAGAUAAGGAUUUUAUCCCAUAUCAAGAUAUCAGGAUAAAUCAUACAGUAAUUUUAGAUGAUCCCUUUGAUGAUCCACCUGGCUUGUGUGUUCCUGAUCGCUCACCAGAACCUACGAAGGAGCAGCUUGAUAGUGGCAGAAUAGGAGCAGAUGAAGAAAUUGAUGACAUGAAAGGACGGUCUGCCGAUGAAAUAGAGGAAGUUCAGGCAGAAAAAGAAGCAAGAACUCGUGCCAUUCUUCUGGAAAUGGUGGGAGACUUACCAGAUGCAGACAUCAAGCCACCAGAAAAUGUACUGUUUGUUUGUAAACUGAAUCCUGUGACUACAGGUGAAGACCUGGAGAUAAUAUUUUCACGAUUUGGUCCCAUUAAAAGUUGUGAAGUGAUCCGAGACUGGAAGACUGGCGAAUCUCUUUGUUAUGCUUUCAUUGAGUUUGAAAAGGAGGAAGACUGUGAGAAAGCCUACUUCAAAAUGGACAAUGUGCUGAUAGAUGACAGACGGAUACAUGUGGAUUUUAGCCAGUCUGUUGCAAAGAUUAAAUGGAAGGGAAAAGGUGGGCAGUAUACCAAAGAAGAUUUCAAGGACUAUGAGAAGGAACGUGACAAAUCUUCGAAAUUUGCUCUGAAAGAAAAGGUAAAACCAAAGCAAGAUGCCAAGUAUGACCUUGUGCUGGAUGAGGAUGUAGAAGAGUCUCACACAAGUCAGUCUCACUUGGCUAAAAAACAGAAGAAGAAAAAGCAUCACCACUCUGAAGAUGAAGAUGAUGACAAGAGGACCAAAAAAUCUAAGGAUUCUGACCGAAAGCAUGAAGAACGCUGUAGGGAGAGGACCAAGAGUGAGAAGAAAGACAGGCAUCGGAGCCGCAGCCGUUCUCAGGACAGAGAUUACACUUCCAGCAGACAGAAAGACAAAUACAGAGAAGAUGUCCGAGUCAGAGACUGGGAUAAAAAAGCAGACAGAAGCAGAAGCCCUAAAAAAUCAAAAGACAAAGAGAGGUCCAAGUACAGAUGAAGGACAAGGAAAAGACGGGGGGCAACUAAAAUAAUAAAUUUAACAUUUUUUUGUUUGUGUUA